AUGGCGGUCGCAGUAUUUCGGGCCCAACUUCAAAGGGGGAAUACUAGGCUCCUGCGUACGAGGCCGCGGUUGAUCCGUCAGGCUUCGACGUCGCAGACGGGUCGGGAUUGGACUAUUCAUCCGGCCACUCGUGAUGCUGCUAGAGACCAGGUUGCCCAGUUGGCUGCCAGUCCACGUCGCCCUCUGACACUGGCAGAUCUGCUUAGGCAUGGGCGCCCACCAUUAUCCAAAGACGCACUGCUAGCGUCGGCGAACUUCACUCUCUCCUUACUCCCCGCACGACUUGCCUCCCGAAUCCAUGCUUUGCGGAACCUGCCUUUCAUUGUCGUCUCCAACCCUAACGUCUCGAAGAUCUACCACAAUUACCUUCAUUCGCUGUCAACGCUUCUUCCAUUCCAAAAGAGGCAGAUCACUACACUGGAAGAGGAGAACAAAUUCGGCGAAGUGCUUGCGGACCUUGUGCAAACACAUACCAACACAAUUCCAGUGCUUGCGCGCGGGUUCCUAGAAUGCCGAAAGUAUGUCUGCCCGGCAGAUGUCACGCGCUUCUUGGAUACCCACCUGCGUGCGCGUAUCGGUACUCGGUUAAUCGCUGAGCAGCACUUGGCACUUCAUUGCGCCUCACAACCAGUCCGUGACGGGCCGCCUUGCAGCUCUGAUAGUACUGCUGUUCCAUCGAAGUACAUUGGCGUGAUUGAUACCGCGAUACAGCCAGCGCGUAUCAUCCGGCUUUGCGAGGACUUCGUUGGGGAAAUAUGCGAACUAAAGUAUGGGGUGCGCCCGCGUCUGGUGAUUGGAGGCGAGCCUGACGCAUCGUUCGCCCAUGUUCCAGUGCACAUGGAGUAUAUCAUCACAGAAUUGCUGAAGAAUGCGUUUCGGGCGACUAUCGAGUCCGGAAAUGAGCGGGAGCCCAUUGAGGUGACGAUUGCUGCUGCCCCAGAUGUCCCGGGGAAAGAGCCGCCUGUUCAAGGCGACACCGACAUCGGGUUUCAGCUCGACGCGAACGAUGAUGCGUACCCGCGUGAAGCAAUGGGGGCCUCGAAUCCCUCGUUGCAGAGCAUCACCAUUCGUAUUCGCGACCGGGGCGGUGGGAUUCCUCCGGAAGUGCUUCCUCACAUCUGGUCAUAUAGUUUUACCACGUUCUCGGAGAUGGACUUGAAUUCCGAGAACGGCAAUUUGGAUGCGUUGAACACAAUAUCUGGCAGCGGAGGUCAUCUGAGCAGCAUUGCGGGCCUUGGGUACGGAUUGCCGCUGAGUCGAGCAUACGCGGAGUAUUUUGGGGGGAGCAUUGCGGUCCAGAGUCUUUUUGGAUGGGGCACAGACGUUUAUCUAACUCUGAAAGGAGUUGGCAAGGUCGACUGA